UUUCAGUUUCCUGCACUUCUGCGUUUCUCACAGGAGCAGAAACAUGUGUAACUACACUUCAGGAGAAAAUGGAACCGAAAUGAGACACCCGACAUACGCUUUUGUGUUAGGGUCUGUGAUACUGGUGGGUCUGCCUCUCAAUGCCCUGUCACUGGUGAUCCUGUGUCGCUGCCACAGCCUCAAGUCCCCCAGUGCAGUCUUCAUGGUGAACCUGGCAGUCUCAGACCUGCUGCUGGUGGUCUCCCUACCUCUGAGGGUCUUCUUCUACGCCACAGGCACCUGGCCUCUGAGUGAUUUAGCGUGCAUUUGUGUCACAAUGCUUUUUCGCAACAACAUCCGCUCCAGCGCCUUCUUCAUCACCUCCAUCAGCGUGGACCGGCUGCUGGCUGUGGUUUAUCCUCUGAGGUCACGCCACCUUCGGACCUCGUCUAACGCCUGGAAAGCUGCGGUGUUCGUUUGGCUGCUUGUGUUGGUGAUCAACAUCCCAGAGAGUAUGCAUUUUUCAAAGUUUUUAAACAAGUUAAAUGGAUCUUCCUGUUUUGAAUUUAAGUGUCAUCAAAGAUCACUGAUGCAUUACAUUCAGCCUGUGCUCGUGUUCACCAUGCUGGUCAUCAACAUGGUGUGCACGGCUCUGGUGUCUUGGACUCUUAGUAGACGCCUGAAUGACUCUGCCGGGGUCAAAAACAAGGUGAAUGUCAUGCUGAUUUUUGCCAUGAACUUGAUUAUGUUCAUCGUGUUUUUCUUGCCCGUGUCCUUGGGCAUUCUCAUUGAAAGUUGGAGACCUGUAAUCCCACCACUGAUCUGUCUAGCUAGUGUGAACUGCUGCCUGGACCCUCUGCUGUAUUACUUUUCUUUCGACGGCUUCUGGAGGAGAACAGAGGAGGUGGACUCUUCCCUUGCAAGAGAAUAGAUGGAUUCAAUACACAAGGACAACAGUCACUCAAACAGAAUAUCCACAAGACUUGUGGGUUGUGUGUCCGGGCUGUUCGUGACAUGAGGUGGCACAUACGGUCACCUAGUUUUACUGCUAUUUAUUUUUACAGCCCAUAUUGUCAUAACAGCAGAAAUGUAUUUUCCACCAGAAGGAAAUGUGUCAGAAAUGACUGUGGUGGAAAUCUUUUUUACAGUAUUUUCUGAAAAACUGCAAGGUAGCUUUGAUUUGAUAUCUAGCACUUAGUGCUUACAAAAUAAAAUUAUUUAACUUAAAAAAUCUUUCCUCCUACAAACUUCCAUGGAGGUACAGCGUGUUUGGAAAUGACGUUCAAUAAAAAUAUUAUCUGCUCAAGCAUUAUUUACCUUGAUUUUUCUUUGAAGGCAGCUCAUGAACAUGACAAUAAGCUCCAAUGUGCUCCAUUGUAACUGCCUAACCAAUUUCUCUUACAGACGUUUUGGUGGGAAAAUACUUCAGUGAGGUGGAAAUGAUGUCAAACUGUAUAAAAAUGAACAUUUAAAAUGAUGUAAUGUUUUAUGUAAAUGUCUCCUGUAUAGGUUAUAAAGUACAUGAGUGCCAUGAGAGAAUUUCUUUAUUACAAUAAAAAAGGCGACUUUUAUCAUGACA